CGCGAGGGUCGCGGGGGGCCGGGUAGCACGCCGCCGGCCUCGGCACUGGCGGGCGCAGCCGCCAGUGCUGCCUUCUCGGGCCCACUGCGGCGCCGCGUCCCCGGCCCUUCCCUCCGGCGGCCCGCCCCGCCGCCGGGCUCUGGCCUGGGGUUGCCGGGCCCCCUCUGAGCCCAUCCCGGCCUCCAAGUUCCCGUUAUGCAGCGGCCGCUGGAGCUACGGCUGUCGGUGCGCGCGGGGCCCGCCGCGGCGCCCCGGCUCCCGGCCGUGAGACCGGGGAGGGGCCGGGGUCGGGCCGAGAAGCUAUCCGAGAACGGCGCAGGUCCCCGCUCCCCCAGGAGCCGAGUGGACCCGAGGCGUAAAGUGGGCAGCACUUCGCUAGGACAAAAAACGCUCGGCACCUUAAAUUGAGUUUUAGCCCAGGCUUCGGGAGUUGCUGGCUGGCUGGCUGGCUGUUUUCAGCUCACUUGACUGAUUAAAAAUAAUAAAAAAGCAGUUCUCUCUUUUUGCCUGUUGCUAUCAGUUUCUGCCUUAGCAAGGAGAUGGUCUCUGCCCAACUUUGUUGGAAUGUGCCAGAUGAGAGUUCAGUGUCAUAGGCUUACUGUUUCAUGGCUAAACUGGAAGGCCUUUGGAGGAACAUAGGAUUCCAGAGAUGGAGAAUCUGAGCCACCUGCUUCUUUAGUUUCUCUGGUGAAGCACGUAGUGAAAUCUUUUCAAAGAAUGCUUUUGACAGACAACCAUGUGUUAAGACGCUGACCUGAAGUACCCUUUGUAUUUGUAGUCCAGUCUUCAUUAUCCUCUUCUGGAAACCUGCUUCUGCUGAACCACUGAUCUGUGUGUGGGGGUAUAUGCUGUUGUAAAGGCACCUGGAGGAGUCUGGAGCAAUGCCACCACCUUCGGACAUUGUGAAAGUAGCUGUUGAGUGGCCAGGUGCCAAUGCCCAGCUGCUGGAAAUAGAUCAGAAGAGGCCUCUUGCAUCCAUCAUCAAGGAGGUCUGUGAUGGGUGGUCGUUGCCAAACCCUGAAUACUACACCUUGCGGUAUGCUGAUGGUCCUCAGCUGUACAUCACAGAACAGACUCGCUGUGACAUCAAGAAUGGAACUAUCCUACAGCUGGCAGUCUCCCCGUCUAGGGCAGCUCGCCAGCUGAUGGAGAGGAUCCAGUCACACAGUAUGGAAGCCCGACUGGAUGCCAUGAAGGAACUGGCUAAACUUUCAGCAGAUGUGACCUUUGCCACAGAGUUCAUCAACAUGGAAGGGAUUACAGUGCUGACACGGCUUGUGGAGAGUGGGACCAAGCUCCUGUCCCAUUACAGUGAGAUGUUGGCUUUCACCCUGACUGCCUUCUUGGAGCUCAUGGACCAUGGUAUCGUGUCUUGGGACAUGGUCUCAAUAACCUUCAUCAAACAGAUUGCAGGAUAUGUGAGUCAGCCUAUGGUAGAUGUCUCCAUCCUCCAACGAUCCCUAGCCAUUCUAGAAAGCAUGGUGCUAAACAGUCAGACUCUGUAUCAGAAGAUAGCAGAAGAGAUCACCGUGGGGCAACUAAUUUCUCAUCUGCAAGUCUCAAACCAAGAGAUUCAGACAUAUGCCAUUGCCCUGAUCAAUGCCCUCUUCCUGAAGGCACCAGAGGACAAGAGACAGGACAAGCUGCUUAACCCACUAGACCUGCCCAUCACUGAAAUGGCUAAUGCAUUUGCCCAGAAGCACCUGAGGUCUAUAAUCCUGAAUCAUGUGAUCAGAGGAAACCGCCCUAUUAAAACAGAAAUGGCACAUCAGCUGUAUGUGCUACAGGUCCUGACCUUUAAUCUCCUGGAAGAAAGAAUGAUGACCAAGAUGGAUCCCAAUGAUCAGGCACAGAGAGAUAUCAUAUUUGAGUUGAGAAGAAUUGCAUUUGAUGCAGAGUCUGACAGCAACACUGUCCCUGGCAGUGGAACAGAAAAACGCAAAGCCAUGUACACCAAGGACUACAAGAUGCUGGGAUUCACUAAUCACAUAAAUCCAGCCAUGGAUUUUACUCAGACUCCUCCAGGGAUGUUGGCAUUAGACAACAUGCUCUACUUGGCCAAAUUUCAUCAGGACACCUAUAUCAGGAUUGUUCUGGAGAACAGCAGUCGAGAAGAUAAGCAUGAGUGUCCCUUUGGGCGCAGUGCCAUUGAGCUUACCAGGAUGCUUUGUGAGAUCCUGCAAGUUGGGGAACUCCCCAAUGAAGGCCGGAAUGACUAUCACCCCAUGUUUUUUACCCAUGACCGUGCAUUUGAGGAACUUUUUGCCAUCUGCAUCCAGCUGUUGAACAAGACUUGGAAAGAAAUGAGGGCAACAGCAGAAGAUUUUAAUAAGGUUAUGCAGGUUGUGAGGGAACAGAUCACACGGGCUCUCCCCUCUAAACCAAACUCCUUGGAUCAGUUCAAGAGCAAACUGCGCAGCCUGAGCUAUUCUGAGAUUCUGCGACUUCGCCAGUCUGAGAGAAUGAGCCAAGAUGACUUCCAGUCACCACCUAUUGUGGAGCUGAGAGAGAAAAUCCAACCAGAGAUCUUGGAGCUGAUAAAGCAACAGCGCCUGAACAGGCUCUGUGAAGGAAGUAGCUUUCGAAAAAUUGGAAAUCGCAGAAGGCAAGAAAGAUUUUGGUAUUGUCGCCUGGCUCUUAAUCACAAGGUGUUACACUAUGGAGAUCUGGAAGAUAAUGCCCAGGGGGAAGUGACCUUUGAAUCUCUGCAGGAAAAAAUUCCAGUUGCAGACAUCAAAGCCAUUGUCACAGGGAAGGAUUGUCCACACAUGAAGGAGAAAAGUGCACUGAAACAGAACAAAGAAGUGUUAGAAUUGGCCUUCUCGAUAUUAUACGAUCCUGAUGAGACCUUGAACUUCAUUGCACCUAAUAAAUAUGAGUACUGUAUCUGGAUUGAUGGGCUUAAUGCUCUCUUGGGGAAGGACAUGUCCAGUGAGCUGACUAAAAGUGACCUGGACACACUGCUGAGCAUGGAGAUGAAGCUGAGGCUCCUGGACUUGGAGAACAUCCAGAUCCCCGAAGCACCGCCGCCCAUCCCCAAGGAGCCGAGCAGCUACGACUUCGUCUACCACUACGGCUGAGGGGGCCGGAGCUUUACGGGCGGCCUGCGCGCGCGGCGUGCGGCCGGCGCUGUUGUCACUUGCACGGAGCCCGCACUGGGCGCUGCCGCCUGGUCUCCCGCGCCCGCUCGCGGCGGGGCCGCCGGCCUGCGGCGGCUGCUGCUGCGGCGGCUGCUGCUGCUGCUGCGGGCGGCGCGAAGCGAGGCGGGCCCGCGCGGCCGUCUCGGCGCCGCACGGCUUUUGUAUGAGUCAAUAAUAACCAGUAGCGCCCCCUG